AUGAGGCAACGAAGAUGGGUGGAGACCAUUAGCGAUUAUCAGUGCGAGAUUAAAUAUCACCCUGGCAAGGCUAACAUUGUAGCUGAUGCACUUAGUUGCAAGGCUCAGACAGACUUACCAUCGGUUUUAGCAAGAUUAAGGAACUUAAUGAUUAGAGAUCUGCCUCAAGAUGUCAUCUAUGCAGUAGUGCAAGAGUUCAUAUCUGUGAUUGAAGAAGAAAUCCUGGAAGGACAACGCAAAGAUGAGAAACUGGAGAAGCUUCGACAAAAGUUUCUGAAAUCUGAAGGGCUGCAACAUUCUCUAUUGGAAGGAGUGAGAUGCUCUUUUAUAAGGAGAGGAAAACAGACAGAACGUACAAUUCAGACCCUGGAAGAUAUGCUACGAGCAUGUGUUAUGGAGCUAAGUGGUGAUUGGGAACGUCACCUACCUUUGGUGGAAUUUGCCUACAAUAAUAGUUUCCAAGCUACCAUUCAGAUGGCACCCUAUGAGGUUUUGUAUGGAAGGAAAUGCAGAUCCUUGUUGUAUUGGGAUGAAGUGGGUGAAAGGAAAAUGCUAGGACCUGAAUAUCUACAAGAAGUACAGAGACAAGAAACUGUGAUCACGGAAAGAAUGAAAAUAGCUCAGAAUAGACAGAAAAGUUAUGACGAUAACCGAUGUAGGAAUUUGGAGUUUACACCAGAAGAUUGGGUAUACCUCAAACUAUUCACUCUGCACAAGUGA